AUGUACGCCAUUGUGGUAGUAUUACUCUUAUCUUUACCGGACAUCGUUUAUCCGCAGGCAUAUCAAACAAUUCCUCUUCGUUUCGAUGUAGCCAUUAAUCAGCUUCUUCAACGUCAUCGUUACACGCUUCACGAAAUUGACUAUGAAGCAUACAGUAUCACACCUGCUGAAAUGCUCGGACUUAACUUAGACUCCUCUAAUAGCAACAAAACAACCACAUGUGAACAAGACUUUGUAGUUUUAGUUAAAGCAGCUCUAAGACGUGAUUUAUGGGCCCUUAAAAUUUUCGAUUCAUGGGGUAAACCCUUACCGUCAGGUUUACUCAAAGGCAAUAUUUUGUGGACGGGCAAUUAUGAUGAGUGUCUCGAUCCAUUAUAUCAAGUAGCGAAUAAAACCUUCGUACAUCAACCGUUCGAUGGUCAAUACUGUGCUCUUUCUCUAAGUGAAACGACAUCUGAAGGUACAACGUCUUCUGCGCUUACUCUUGGUAUCUGUGUACCUGAAUCGUGUGAUCGCCAAUCAAUUUCUAUACUAGCUCGAAGUCUAUUCAAAAAAGAUAAUAUUACCGAAAAUACUCUUCUCUGUUCGAAUGAUGCUGCUAGUAAGCAAAAGAGUCUACCUCGUGGUGUAGUUGUCACAUGCCUUGUUCUCUCGCUACUCGGUCUCCUCGUGCUAAUUGGUACCAUCGUCGAUCUUCUUACUUCUCGUCUUAAAUCAGUCACUCAUGUGGCACCGCAUAUAAAUGGAUAUGACUGCAUGUCCAGUAUCAGAUCGACUGACGGUAAAUCAAGUGUAGUACCACAGCAUGCACGCUUUUCCAUUCAAGCUCUAUUGGAUGCAGCACCUCGAUCAGCAUUCAUUACUCAAUUUUCGGCAAUACGUACCAUACGACGCAUUUUUACCAUGACAAAAAACGACAAUGAAAAUUCACUUGCUUUCAUCCAUGGUCUUCGUGUACUUUCACUUUUCUGGGUGAUUCUGGGCCAUUCAAUUCUGUUUAAUUUAUUCUACACAAACAAUCCAGUCGAUGUACUCGCUUGGUCUCAGAACGUGGCAUUUCAAUUUAUUACUAGUGGUAUAUUGAGUGUAGAUACUUUCUUUGUUCUCAGUGGUUUUUUGACAACAAUUAUCUUCGUUCGAGCAGCCACUAAAGAAAAAUUUUCAUUCCGUCUUUUCAUUCUUUAUUAUGUUCACCGAUAUAUUCGACUUACGCCGACGUUUCUUCUUAUUAUUCUUGUCAGUAUUAACUUGACGCCAUUUUUUGGUCGUGGGCCUAUCUUUCCAGUUGUGCAAGGAUUUGAAUCGGACGGUUGUAGGCACCGUGGAUGGUGGACAGAUAUUUUUUAUGUUGGCAAUUUAGUUCAUUCCAAUGAUAUGUGUCUAGGUAUUUCAUGGUAUCUUCAUAAUGAUAUGCAGUUUCAUUGGAUUGCACCGCUUGCACUUAUUCCAUUCGUCAUUGGUCGAAAGCCGAUUGGAUACGUGGUUGCCAUUCUAUUUGUUCUUGUCGGCAUGGGUUCUAUUUUAGGUACUCUUCUUUAUUAUCCAAGUAUGUCAUUGAAUCUGCUUACAGACGCCACGAACAUAGAUGGUCCUAGUUUCUUCAACAAGGUCUAUAUUGCACCAUGGUGCCGUAUUUCAGCGUAUGCUAUUGGACUUCUCACUGGUUUUACUGUUGUCAACGUUGGUCGCUCGUAUCAUUCUAAUACCUAUACUAAAAUAUUUGGAAGUAUUCUAGCGAUUGUAGUUGGUCUGACCUGUGUCUUUGUGAUGUAUCUCGAUUAUGUUCUCGCACCAGGUCUCAGUCGAUCAGCGCUCAUUACGUAUCAAAUACUUUCGCGUCCAUGUUGGGCAUUAGUGAUUGGAUGGAUUCUCUUUUUGUGUAGUACAAAUCAAGGUGGAAUAGUCAAUACAAUUCUUUCAUGGCCAAUAUGGGCUCCUCUAGCUCGUCUUAACUAUGCUGCUUAUCUCAUCCAUUUGACUGUUCUACUAACAACUAUAUACAAUCAAACAAAUCCUAUUUACAAUCAGGCAUAUAUGGUUCUUAACACUUACGUUUCAAAUAUAUUCUUCACUUAUGUUACGGCUAUCGUUGUAGUGAUAUUUUUCGAAAAUCCGUUUUUUGUUCUUGAAAAAUAUCUCUUCAAACGUUAG